AUGACAAUACCAGAAGAAAAUAUAACUAUUCAAAUUAAAACCAACGACGAAGAUAUUAAUUCAACGAACUCAACGCAGGGAGGAGAAGAUUCGUUGUCACGAGUAGAAAACCCAACCACCUCGGAAGCCGCAAUUAGCGAAAGUUCGGAAAAGAGCAAGAAAGCAAGAGAAACAAAAGCACGAACCCAUGCUCAUUCCCGAAGUCUUUCCGUGGAUGCUAUGCUUGCUCGUCGUAAACCAGAAGAGUUAAGCAACGAAGUGAGAGGUCGUAUAGAAGAGUUAAAAGCACAAAUAAAGAAGAAGCAGGAUAGCGGGGAGUAUAAUGAUGAAAAUUAUAGUUAUAAAAAAAAGAACGACGACAAAGAAUAUUCCGUAAUUUCCGAUACUUUAGAACUUUUGGAUACGGAUGAAUAUUGUCGAAAAGCCCGUGCUGUUGCUAGUAAUAAAUUAAUACCAAAAACUCCCAUGCCAACGGAAAGGGAAGUAUUGUUUGAAAGUCGUAACGAUGCUUUAACCAAAAUUUUAGGGGAAGUAGAAAAAUUAGCCUCCAUAGUGGGUGGUGUCGGAAGCGAAGAAAAAAUUUUUAAACUUUCUUCCAGCCAAGCAAAAAUUUACCAGGGCGAAAUUACUGCCCGGGAGGAGAAAAUUGGAAAAAUUGUUGAGGAAAUUAAUAAAUUACGUGAGGAAAACCCAAAAAUUACGGAAGAGUUAAACAGUUACAAAAAACAAAUCCACGAAUUUCUCAAAGCCGCUACCUUAAAAGAACUAGGUAAAAAAAGUGAUAAGGCUUAUCCUCUUGCUCUUGCCUUCUAUCAAGACAAAGGCGAAAAACUUAAGAGUGUAAUUGGAAAUUUGGAGGAAACGGGAAUAAAAACAGACAACCCAGAAAUAAAGGAAUUAUUAGAAUUAAACGAAAACGAAAAACCAAUUAAAAGUGAGGACAUUAUUAAAAUUCUGGAAGAAAUCCCUAAAUUAUUUAAAGAGUUAGGGGAAUUAAAAGGGUUAAAAGCAAAUCUAAAUUUUACUAGUUUCGAAAAAAUAAAUGAGGAAUUAAGGGAAAUUAUUUAUAUUGACAACCAUUUUAAAGAAAAAAAGGAUGCAAAUCUGGAAAAUACUCUUAAGACACUAAAAGAAGAUUUAGCAAAAUUAAAAGACGAACUAGAAAGAUUUGAAAAAACCACGUCCUCGUCUGCCCAAGAACCGCUAGCCGAGAUAAUCAAAAAAAUGUUAAAGGAAAUAACUAAAAAAUAUAGUGAUAUAAAGGAGUUGGCAGAAGGGUUGGCAAAGAAAAUAGGUAUAGAAACGAAAGAAAGGACCACUUUUAUUAUCUGUCGAGACAUUGAAUUAAGAAUUGAAGAUUAUAAAAGAAACUAUUGGGUGGAAUUCAAAAAAAAAAUAGUAGAAGAAGAAGGAAGCUGCGGCGAACAAUUGCGAAAAUGGCAGAAAAAAAAUAAUGCUAUUACAUUAUGCGAAAUUGAUGUCGGAGGAACUGUUGCCAAGCAGCCAAGGCCGCAGUCUGCAAAACUGCUAUUCGUCGGUGCAAGUCCGACCAGUUCCUCCAAUACGCCCGUAGUUCAGCGGACAGAAUGUUUGACUUCGGAUCAAAAGGUCGGGGGUUCGAGUCCUCCCGGGCGUGCCAAAAUUCCGUCUCAAAACUUAGUAAAAUUAAUAAUUAAAGUUGAAUAG